AUGGAGAUGGACGAGAUCCGGGCGCAGGCCUACGAUGGCAAGGGCCCGACAAUUGCCCACGUCAACAACCAAGGGGACCCUGAGAGUCCUAGCACGGACAGCUACCAGCGGGCCGGGCAGCCAGUUCAGACGGGACCCAACGCCCCGGAGCCGCGAGUUUCGUUGUCAACAAUACUGGCCGUCUUUUUUAUGGGCCUCUCGUAUGUACCCGCUAUCAGCGGUGGUCUGCUUCUCCCCACCGGUAUCCUGCAGCAGAUCGGACAGCAAUUGGGCGACACGGAGAACACUAUAUGGAUUCCUGGCGGAUGGUCUGUCGCCUCCGCCGUUGCUUUCUCUAUCGCAGGCGGUCUCAGUGAUGUGUUCGGCCGCCGCUGGGUGCUUAUGGCUGGCCAGCUCCUGACUUUGAUCGGCGGUAUCGUUGCUGCUGUUGCGAACUCAACUCUCCAGGUCGCUGCAGGGACAACAAUCAUUGGCUUCGGCGCUGGCACUAUCUUCGUUGGGUAUCCAGGAAUUUCAGAACUGCUUCCUAACAAAUACCGAGGCAUUGGUCUUGGCUGGACCGAAUUCUGCAUCAACAUCCCCUGGGGUUGCCUCAGCGUGUACCUCGCGACCCAACUCCUGAUCCACGCGACAUGGCGGUGGUGCUUCUACAUUGCCAUCAUCUACGCCGUGAUCUGUAUCGCCGGCACGUUCGUGUGCUACUUCCCACCCUCUCGACCCCAGCAUGACUACGAGAAGUCGCGAUGGCAGGAAUUCAAGGAACUCGACUUCAUCGGCCUUGCCCUCUUUACAGCCGGCCUCUGCAUCUUCCUCGUGGGAAUGACGGAUCUCGGACACGCGAACUUCUCCGUCCCUCUCGUCGCCUCCACGAUCACCAUCGGCGCCGUCAUCUUCGUGGCCAGCUUCUGGUACGACUUUACCCAGCCGAAGAACCCCAUCUUCCCGUUCAAGCUGUUCGCCAUGUUCCGGGAGUUCACCGUGCACCUAAUCAUCCUGUUCAUCUCGGGCAUGGUCUGGCAGGCGAUCGUCACGCUCGCCCCGCAGAUCACCUUGUACGCCUUCACGAAUGAUCCCAUCCAGAUCGGAAUUACCAUGAUCCCCUCCACAAUGUCCGGAGUCCUGGGUGGUUGGAUUAUUCCAUCCUUUGUCCACAAGAUCAAGCAUAUUCGGUACCAGAUCAUGUUUGCCCUCCUGAUGCAGUGCGCGUUCACUGCCAGCUACGCUGCAGUUGUUCCAUCAAACCGGAUGGCCUGGAGUGCGAUGCAGCUGUUCGGACAGUCCUGUUUCACAUGGGUAACCACCCUCGCAUACGUCUCUUCCGGCCUCUUCGUCCCAGUCGAAGAGCUAGGCGUCAGCGCCGGUCUCCUCGGGACGUUCCGCUCGGCAGGAGGCUCCGUCGGCAACGCCAUCUUCAGCACGAUCCUGACGUCCGUCGCCAACAAGAACCUGGGCAACAACCUGGCCGGGGCCGCCAUCGGCGCCGGCUUCGACCCCACCAACCUCGGCGCCCUCAUCCCGGCCGUCAUCCAGAACGCCGUCGGCGUGCCCUUCGCGUUCGACGCCGUGCCCGGGGCCACGCCCGCGGUCAUCGCCGCCACCGGCGCCGCGUUCAAGGAGACGUACUCCAACGCCUUCAGGAUGGUCUGCUACGCCACGAUCCCGUUCUGUCUUGUGGCUACCGGUGUGGCCUUCUGGGUGAAGGAUCCCUCGCACCUGCUGAACAACCAUGUCGCCGUUCAGCAGGAGAAGGAGGUUCUUUCUGGAGUCGAGCGUCGUCCGGACGCCGUGGUUGGGGAGCGUGUUGAUGAGAGUUACAAGAUCUAG